GGAAGCGGGCACCGCCCAUCGGACUCCCUGGCCAGGCCGGACGAGUCCGCGUGCCCGGCUUCCGCGCCAUGGGGCGGCUGGUGGCUCUGAGCCUGCUGGGGAUAUCGCUGGCCCUCCUGGGCGAGAGGUUCCUGGCGCUCAGAAAUCGACUUAAAGCCUCAGGAGAAGUAGAAUCCGUAGACCUUCCAAACUGCCACCUGAUUAAAGGAAUUGAAGCUGGCUCUGAAGAUAUUGCCAUACUUCCCAAUGGUCUGGCUUUCUUUAGUGUGGGUCGAAAGCAUCCAGGACUCCACAGCUUUGCACCCGAUAAGCCUGGAGGAAUACUAAUGAUGGAUUUGAAAGAGAAAAAACUGCGGGCCCUGGAAUUAAGAAUCAGCCGUGGGUUUAAUUUGGCUUCAUUUAAUCCACAUGGCAUCAGCACUUUUAUAGAUGACGAUGACACAGUUUAUCUCUUUGUUGUAAACCACCCGGAAAGCAAGAAUACAGUGGAAAUUUUUAAAUAUGAAGAAGAAGAAAAUUCUCUUUUGCAUAUAAAAACAGUCAAACAUGAGCUUUUUCCAAGUGUGAAUGAUGUCGUGGCUGUUGGACCUGCACAUUUCUAUGCCACCAAUGACCACUAUUUCUCUGACAUUUUCUUAAAGUAUUUGGAAACAUACUUGAACUUACGCUGGGCAAAUGUUGUUUACUACAGUCCAAAUGAAGUUAAAGUGGUAGCAGAAGGAUUUGAUGUAGCAAAUGGGAUCAGUAUUUCACCUGAUGAGAAGUACAUCUAUGUUGCUGAUAUGUUGGCUCAUGAAAUUCAUGUUUUGGAAAAACACACUAAUAUGAAUUUAACUCAGUCGAAGGUACUCAAGUUGGACACACUGGUGGACAAUUUAUCUAUUGAUCCUUCUUCGGGGGACAUCUGGGUAGGCUGUCAUCCUAAUGGCCAGAAGCUCUUUGUGUAUGAUCCAAACAAUCCUCCUUCAUCAGAGAUUCUCCGCAUCCAGAAUAUUCUAACUGAGAAGCCUACGGUGACUACGGUUUAUGCCAACAACGGAUCUGUUCUUCAGGGAAGCUCCGUGGCCUCCAUAUAUGAUGGGAAGCUACUCAUAGGCACUUUAUACCACAGAGCCUUGUAUUGUGAACUCUAAAUUGUACUUGGUAUGCAAAUGGGACAACUUCUCUUAACAAUUUUCUAUGAAUUGCUAAUUCUGAGGGAAUCUACCCAGAAAAU